CAACGACUGACUGAAACGAAGGAACAGAGGCGAUUGUUUUUGAGAAGAUGUCUCAGAAAACCACAGACACGACUUCAUCACUCAUGGCCCUUCAGUCAGAAUCUCAUAAGCAGAGCAUCCUGAGCAAAUUCAACAAGCUCAGGAAAAGGGAUCUACUGUGUGAUGUCACUUUUGUUGUUGAAGACGUGCACUUCAAGGCACACAAAGCCCUGCUGGCAGCAAGCAGCGAGUACUUCUCCCUCAUGUUCACAGCAGAAGAUCACAUCAGCCAGUCGACCUAUAAACUGGGCGGUAUGGCAGCUGAGAUGUUUUCUACAGUGCUGGAGUUCAUCUACAGUGCCCAGGUGUCUUUGGAGAAAAGCGCCACAGAGCAGCUCCUGGCCACAGCUCAUCUCAUGGAGGUCAACGAUCUUGUCAAAGCGCUCACUGAACUCGCAUGCUCUGCUGCAAGGGUUAGAACUGAUGAGGUAAAGGCAGACAAAGCCGAGACGCUAGGUGUGUCCAAACGCAAAAGAGGACGGCCUAAGAAAAAUGUGGAUAUACCCAUAACAGAGCCGGAGGGGAGAAGUGCACCAUGUGAAAGCUCAGAGGAAGCCCAGGCUGCAGAUGUGGACUGUGAUAAUGUACAUUUUGACUCCCUACUUAAAGACGAUGCAGAUUACAAACCAGAGACGUACCAGAGCCGACAGAGCAAACGCAAAAUCAGGCCUCCAAUAAAAUACAAGGGUUACAAAGUGGACCACACAGACACAGCAGUUAACAAAGAGCCUGGGAAAAGGGGAAGGAAAAGGAAAUAUCCUAACACAGAGGCCCGGUGUGAGGACUGCAGCAAAGUGUUUAAAAGUCACCUCUUUUUAAAAAUUCACCAAAGGACUCAUACAGGAGAGAAGCCUUUCCGGUGCCUGGUUUGCGGGAAGUGUUUUACCCAGAAGCACACUCUGCUGGUUCACCAGCGCAUGCACACCGGAGAGAAGCCCUUUGUUUGUACUGUCUGCUCCAAAGCUCUCUGCACCAAACACUCCCUACAGGAACACAUGAACCUCCACAAAGAGAAAUCCUUCGACUGUGAUAAAUGUGGAAAGACUUUCACUCAGAAGAGGCAACUUAAAAGUCAUUACAGAGUUCAUACAGGUAAAUCGUUACCUGAAUGUGCUCAGUGUCAUCACAAGUUUAUGGACACAGCUCAGCUGAAAAAACACCUGAGAACUCACACAGGUGAGAAGCCUUUCACAUGUGAGAUCUGUGGGAAGUGUUUUACAGCCAAGAGCACACUGCAGACUCACAUCAGAAUUCACAGAGGUGAGAAGCCAUAUGACUGCAACAUCUGUGACAAAUCGUUCUCAGACCCCAGUGCGAGAAGACGCCAUGUCAUGUCUCACUCUGGAAAGAAACCCUUUACUUGCUCCUUCUGCAGCCUUUCCUUUACGCGCCUAGACAAUCUGAAAACUCACACCAAAUCCCACAGUAAGGAGAGAGCAGCGUCAACAGAGGCCUCAUCAGACGCAGCGGCGGCAGACACCUCAGCAGCGCCUCAGGAGGAGGUGCGUAACAUCCUGCAGCUUCAGCAGUACCAGCUGCCGUCCAGCUCUGAACAGGAGAUCCAGCUGGUGGUGACGGGAGAUGUGAACAACAUUAAUUUUGUUCCGGGUCAGGAGCAGGAGAUCAGCAUCAUCACCACAGAGAGCGAGACGGCAGAACAAGCCCACUCAAGGCUCACCCUCCUCACCCAGCCGUCAGGACACAUGCCGAAUGUGGCUCUGGUCACUCAGAGCGCCGUGGCGGACCAAGCCCCUCAGGUUCAGACCGUCAACAUGCUGGAGGGACAGAUGACGCACCAGUCUGAGCAGAUGCAUGUCAUCACUCUGAGUAAAGAGGCGAUGGAGCAGCUACAGUCCCACCACGGCCCUCCACAGCCACUUCAGAUAGCACAACGGCCCGUCCAGCAGCUGCAGGUGAUGCAUCAGCCGAUCCAGCAGCUGGCCGUCAGUCAGGUGGGCCGGGAGCAGCACAGCCAGGCCAUUCACAUCAGCAGCCAGAGCAGCCAGCCCAUCUCCAUCAGCCAGACCAGUGAGCAGAUCUCCAGCCACCACAUCCAGGGUCAAACGUUUCAGAUCCAGGCAGGAACCGUCUCCUACCUGUACACCACCGGGCUGCCGCAGGAGGGCUGAGCGUGGGCCGAGCAUGGG